AAAGUUCAACGCUAUAUAUGAACAAUUUUCAUAUUGAUAUUUCGCUUACAUAGAAAUGUAGAAGCCAUUUUUGAAGUCAACGUCAAAGGAUUGAAAGGUCCCAACAUAAUUCACUGAUUCUCAUCAUCUUCUUCUCCUUGUUCCCUACCGCGUCCCUUUCAUUUCCAGCUGAAACAAAAGCCGGUGUUCUACGGUGUUUUCAACGCUUCUUUCUUUGCUUCAUCCAAUAUUUCCGGUAUUAUGGACAUAUCUUUGUUAAAUGUGCUCUCCAAUGGCAUAUCCUCAUUUUUGCAUCCAUCAUUUUCUGGAAACAUGAACUCAAAACCUGUAUCAAUGUAUUGCCAAAGUGCAGAGCAGACACUUAAGUUGUUGAAGCCAAUUAUCGAUACAAGUGUUCAUUCUGAUAUAUCUGCUGAUGAAGAGCUUAGAAAGUUAUUUGAGGAACUUGGUCAGUCUGUUGAUGAGAUGAGGGAGCUUUUCGAGAAUUGGCAUCCGCUAUCCAGUAAAAUUUACUUUGUGAUGCAAGCUGAACCGUUGAUAGCUAGAGUUCAGUCUAUAGGGUUCAAUAUUUUGCAGAAGCUGAAGGCUUCACAGCAAUGUCUACCUGAUGAUUUGGGGCAUGAUAUGACAUCAAUCAUUAAGGAAGCUAUAAAUGAACAACUGGAAGGCAAAGGACCAAGUUCUGAGAUUCUAGCAAAUAUUGCUGAGAUCCUCGACUUAAGGUCUAAUCAAGAUGUUUUGAUUGAAGCUGUGGCCCUUGAAAGGUUGAAGGAGAAUGCUGAACAAACUGAAAACAUUGCAGAAGCUGAGUAUAUUGAUCGAAUGAUCUCUGUUGUGACUCGAAUGCAUGAGCGAAUCAUCAUUCUCAAGCAAGCUCAGAGCUCUAUCCCGGAUUCGGUACCUGCUGAUUUUUGCUGUCCUCUCUCUUUGGAAUUGAUGACAGAUCCAGUCAUUGUGUCAUCCGGGCAAACCUAUGAGCGAACUUUCAUCAAGGACUGGAUUGAUCUUGGGCUCAUGGUUUGUCCAAAGACUCGUCAGACUCUGGUUCAUUCCAACCUAAUACCUAACUACACUGUAAAAGCAUUAAUUGUUAAUUGGUGCGAAACAAACAAUGUGAUACUAGUUGAUCCAGUAAAAUCCACAAACAUAAAUCAACUAUCUCUCCUUCAUGGAUCUAUUGAGUCUGAUUCAACCGAGGAAUCAACUGUUAGAACUUCUUUCAGUGCAAACCACCAAGCGGAAACAUCACUAUUGCAUCCUAGUUCAACUCCAGAAGAUUCCUUUAGUGGCGUGGAUAAUGCACAGCAUGUGGAUCCUGUAAGAAUAUCAUCUGCAGUUUCAGAUGAUAGGUCUGCUAGCUCGGACGAAGAAAGUGUGGAUUUAGUUUCGCAAUCAUCAACUUCACCAUCUAGAAGGGAAGCUUCAAAUGCCUUGAGAUCAGAGCAAUCUCAAAACCAUGUAAGAACUUAUUCUGAGUCCAGUGAACACUCUAGUGAAAAUUUUCAUCAAGGCAUACAGGGUGAUAGCAACAAUGGUCCUCUUCCAUCAUCAACCAGUCCAAUCCACAGUCGAGAUGCUUCUGAGGAAUUAGCUCCCGAGCUGGAUGCUGCUGCCAGGCCAAUUCCACAAGGUGAGCCCGAGUUUUCACCACAACUGGUGCAGCCAAGGUUUCCAAGAAAAACUGUAUUACAACGGCCGUCAGAGAGGUUUGUCCCUAGGAUAGUUUCUUCUCCUCCUGUUGAACCAAGAGGCGAUGGAUCCGUUAUUGAAUCCAGGGUUAAGGAGUUGAUUGAGCUCUUGAAGAGCUCUUCUCUUGAUACUCAAAGGGAAGCCACAGGAGAACUCCGCCUUCUUGCCAAGCACAACAUGGAUAACAGAAUUGUGAUUGCAAACUGUGGAGCCAUUCCCUUGUUGGUCAAUUUGCUUCUAUCAACCGAUACAACAAUCCAAGAAAACUCUGUUACAGCACUUCUUAACUUAUCAAUCAAUGACAACAACAAAAAUGCAAUUGCAAAUGCUGGUGCAAUUGAACCUCUGAUUCAUGUCCUUGAGACAGGUAGUGAAGAAGCAAAGGAGAACUCGGCGGCUACUCUUUACAGCUUAUCAGUGGUUGAGGAGAACAAGAUCAGGAUAGGGAGGGCCGGGGCUAUUAAACCUCUGGUUGAGUUAUUAAGUAAUGGAACUCCAAGGGGUAAGAAAGAUGCUUCCACUGCUUUAUUUAACUUGUCAAUAUUUCACGAAAACAAGGAUCGAAUUGUAGAAGCUGGUGCUGUGAAGCACCUUGUAGAUUUGAUGGACCCUGCAGCCGGAAUGGUCGAUAAGGCUGUGGCUGUUCUAGCAAAUCUGGCCACAAUACCGGAAGGAAGAACUGCCAUUGGGCAGCAAGGUGGCAUUCCUCUUCUGGUUGAGGUUGUUGAGUUGGGUUCUACUAGAGGAAAGGAGAAUGCAGCAGCAGCUCUUCUACAUUUAUGCGUAAACCAUCCGAGAUAUUUAAACAUGGUACUCCAAGAAGGAGCUGUUCCACCAUUAGUAGCUUUAUCAAGAUCAGGCACCGCAAGGGCUAAAGAGAAGGCCCUGUCUCUUCUGAAUCAUUUUAGAGAUCGAAGGCAUGGUGGUGCUGUGAGGGGCUGAUUCUUUGUUACCAACUUCUUCUACCAUCCAAAAGUAGUUUUGGAAAGUUGAUUCAGCUUAUCAGGGAGGUUCCAAACGUCAUGGUCUGUUAGUGCAUUGAAAAGUUUUCCUCUCCAAAAAGGAAUCGGUGCAAACAUCUUGAGAAGUUUCUCAAGAUUUGUUCCUGAGAAGCUUUUGUCACAGAGGAACCUGUACAUAGCAAUUCCAGGAACUAUGAUGGCGCAGUCAUACUGAACAGUGAACGCCCACAUGAACCACAGCAUUUCUUCAGGAAUUUCACCUUUGAUGAUGGGUAUGAUAUGAUAAGGUGUUUUUGGGUGAAAAUGUUGAGGUUUUGCUGUAAUUUGGGUAACAAGGAGGAGCCUGUGUAACCAGUAAAACAGGCAUUCUUCAGCUAGGGUCUUGACCUCAGCAGCAGUCCUAGGUCGAAGGGAAAAAGGAAACGGUCCAGGUUCUCUUCUAUUU